AUGGCGACCGAUAUGAAAACCGAUAACGAAGAUCCAGUCAAGGUUGACUCCCAGAAAAAGAAGUACGAUACGACCGACGAGAGCAGAGCCAGUUUUGAAGGGCAGACCACGGAAUGGCCAGCGAGACCGUUGCCGGAGCUUCUAAGGGACUUGUCGGAGGAUGAAUUGAAGGACCUUGAGAGAAAGUUGAUUCGAAAAGUCGAUAUGCGAAUGUUGCCAACGAUGAUCUUGAUUUACAUCAUGAACUAUCUGGACAGGAACGCCAUUGGAUCAGCGAGACUAGGCGGUUUAGAAAAGGAUCUGGGGUUAACGGGCAGCGAGUUCCAAACCUGCGUAUCGAUCCUCUUUGUCGGAUACAUCUUGAUGCAAGUACCAUCCAACAUGUUUUUGAACAAGAUCGGUCGUCCUGCUAUCUACUUGACAGGAUGCAUGGCAGUCUGGGGAGUACUGUGUGCCUGCAGCGGCGCAGCGCAUAGCUUCGGCGGUCUCUUGGCAACUCGCUUUCUGCUUGGUUUCGUGGAAGCAGCAUUCUACCCAGGAUGUCUUGCGACCCUGAGUGCAUGGUACGUCCGCAAGGAACUUGGCGUUCGAACCGGUCUCUUCUACAGCGGUUCAAUGCUUUCCGGAGCCUUCUCAGGCCUCAUCGCCGCAGGAAUAACAAACGGCAUGGACGGUCUCGGCGGGCUACUCGCGUGGCGAUGGCUCUUCAUCAUCGAGGGCUGUCUUACGGUCCUCAUCGCCUGCGGGGCUUUCUUCAUCCUCCCCGACUUCCCGGCGAACACGAAAUGGCUCACGGAGCAAGAACGUCAGAUGGCCAUGUGGCGCAUGGAGGUCGACGCCGCUGGCGAGGAGGACUGGACCUCGUCGUCCGAGCAGCCCAUCUUUGCCGGGUUCAAGAUGAUUAUGGUCGACCCCAUCAACUGGAUCCUCGUCGUACUGGUGUACGGCGCGGCUAGCUCCAUCUCGAUCAACAGCUUCUUCCCCACGGUCGUGGGAAGCCUCGGCAAGGACCGCAUCACGACGCUGCUUCUUACGUCACCGCCGUACUUGCUCGCAUGCAUCGCCUGUGCAGCGGUGUCAUGGAACGCGGACCGCACGAAUGAGCGGUUCUGGCACACCGUUGCACCGUUGGCCUGCUCGCUUCUCGGGUUCAUCAUCUCCAGCGCUGCGACAGGGAUCGGUCCGCGAUACUUUGGUGCCAUGAUCAUGCUGCCCGGCAUCUACACGGGCUUCAACAUGUCGAUGGUCUGGACCGCGAACACGAUGUAUCGGCCCGCUGCCAAGCGUGCGGCUGCUGUUGCGUUCAACAAUGCGUUCUCCACGUUGGCGGGUAUUUACGGCUCGUACUUGUAUCCGAACAAUGCCGCCCCGCGGUUCGUGCUGGCUUUCAGUGUAAACGCUGCCAUGGCUUUCAUGGCUAUCAUCGCCGCCAUUGUACUGCACUUCGUGUUGAAGAGAGAGAACAGGAAGCUGGAGUUGAAGGAGCAAGAAGCUGAGGCUGCCGGGCAAGUGAUUGCGGUCGGCAAGGGAUUUAGAUAUCUGAUCUGA